AUGUCCCCUCGCCGCCCUAAUCCUGCUCAGGCGUCACAACCUUGGACGUCGCAUGAUUCCAUCAAGAUGAUGCCAGAAACUCAUCUUGGUAGCUUACAGCCCUUCCAUCCUGACGUUUAUCAGUCGACCUCAUUUUCUCAUAACGCCACUCGUCAGCCGACAUACCCGCUUCAAUCGCAACAACAAGUGUACCGUCCCUCGUCGGGGCCUCGCGAUAUUGUAUGGUGGUGUGAAUUCUUAGACAAUGUUACACCGGGACCUUCGACACCGCGGCUAGAUCCCAUUCGAAGCCCUGGCCCCGUCACGCCACUGGCGCUCGAUGCAGUUGACUACGAAGCGAAUGGUUCUGUGAAACAUCAAAAUGCCCCACGCAAGAUCCCCCAAAGCAACAACUGA